AUGGCUACGACCCGGAGGAAGGCCGUGAACUGCGGCUGCCGCGACUGCUUGCCGGCCGCCGAAAGUUGCGCCACGCUGCCGCCCAGUGACGAUGCGGCAGCGCGACAGGACGGAUAUCCGAAGUGCCUGUUGCUGUUCGGGGACGGGGUCCUGCAGGCCGUCCCGCGGGGCGAGAAGGAGGGCGAUUCGGAUGGGAGGGCGGUGCGGUGUGCGCAUCUGGAUGCUGUGGCGAGGGAUGGGUCGUCCGGCUUUCUGGCGCUGCGAAAGGAGACUUUUAAAGAUGGCAAGGAGCGGGGAACUCUGCUACAGUUAGCACAGCUGCUGGGCAUUCACAAGGUGAGCUGUGGCAAUGGGCGCGUGAAAUGA